UCCCUCUCACCUUCUCCACGUGCACGCGCUCGGCUGCUGUAUAUCUCUCACUUCCGGUUCAACAUGGCGGCAUCCAUGGCAUCCAUGGCAUCCCGGGCUGUUUCUAGAGCACUUCGUGGAAGUGCAAGCGGACCGUUCUUUCUUAACAGAAAUAAGCUGCUGAGAGUGAGCCCCAGAAGAUGGCUGAACCUUCAGGAGUACCAGAGCAAGAAGCUGAUGCAGGAGUGUGGCGUGGCCGUCCAGCGCUUUUUUGUUGCCGACACUGCUGCCGAGGCCCUGGAGGCUGCCAAAAGGCUAAAUGCUAAAGAAAUCGUUCUGAAGGCUCAGAUCCUGGCAGGGGGCCGAGGCAAAGGGGUGUUUGACAGCGGCCUAAAAGGUGGAGUGCACUUAACCAAAGACCCGGUGGUGGUGCAAGAGCUGGCCAAUAAGAUGCUCGGCUUCAACCUGACCACCAAGCAGACGCCGAAGGAGGGCGUCAAGGUCAACACGGUGAUGGUCGCCGAGGCUCUAGAUAUCUCUAGGGAGACGUAUUUUGCCAUCCUGAUGGACCGCUCGUGUAAUGGACCCGUGAUGGUGGGCAGCCCACAGGGGGGAGUGGACAUUGAGGAGGUGGCAGCCAAAACACCAGACCUUAUCUACAAGGAAAUCAUCGAUAUUUUCGAAGGCGUUCGAGACGACCAGGCGCUGCGCAUGGCAGCUAAUUUGGGCUUCAAAGGGCCGCUGGAGAGGCAGGCUGCAGAUCAAAUUAAGAAGCUGUAUGAUCUCUUCCUGAAAGUUGACGCCACUCAAGUGGAAGUGAAUCCACUCGGCGAGACUCCCGAAGGACAAGUCGUGUGCUUCGAUGCCAAAAUCAACUUCGAUGACAACGCAGAGUUCCGACAGAAAGACGUCUUCGCCAUGGACAACACGGCCGAGAGCGACCCCACGGAGACCGAGGCGGCCAAAUACGACCUCAAAUACAUCGGCCUGGACGGCAACAUUGCUUGCUUUGUCAAUGGUGCUGGCCUUGCCAUGGCGACAUGCGACAUCAUCGACCUGCAUGGCGGGAAACCGGCAAACUUCCUGGACCUGGGCGGAGGAGUGAAGGAGAACCAGGUGUACGCAGCUUUCAAACUGCUCACUGCUGAUCCCAAGGUGGAGGCCAUCCUGGUGAAUAUUUUUGGCGGGAUUGUGAACUGUGCCAUCAUUGCUAACGGCAUCACUAAGGCCUGCAGAGAGCUGGAGCUCAAGGUGCCCCUGGUAGUCCGGCUGGAAGGAACCAACGUGCAGGAGGCUAAGAGGAUCCUGUCUGAGAGCGGCCUACCCAUCACUGCAGCCAACGACCUGGACGACGCAGCCAAAAAAGCAGUGGCUGCUAUCACCAAGAAAUAACACACACACACACACACACACACACACACACACUCUCUCUCUCUCUCUCUCUCUCUCUCUCUCUCUCUCUCUCUCUCUCUCUCUCUCUCACACUCUCUCACUCUCACAGCCUUAUUUGAACCUGUCCUUCACCCCAUACUUCCCAUGCAGACCUCCUACAGAGCUACUGACGAAUCAGAUUCCUAAUCAGACUAAGCUAUCUAUUAUAUCCACUUGUUUAUUUCAGGUGCCACUGGUCACCACGAGCCUUCUAAUUUACUCUACGACAUGUGCUAAUGAAUUCACUUUGCCUCUUCUAUAACCGUCUGGAGUCGAGUGCCCCCCCUCCCCGAUAUAACGGCGUUCGGAUCCUGCACUGCCGCGACGGGAGAAUUCGGCGAAUCAGCGUGACCGCGUGCGCGCGGUCAGCCGAGAUAGCGAUCGCACGACGAAACACGUUAUUAUCUCACCGCGCACAAUCGAACGCUCUCUGACGCUCAUCAUUAUCACUGUGAAAUGGGUUGCAAAUCCUGGUAUUGAUUUCCUUGAGCUUCUUAAAGUGUGAACUUCAGCGCCAUUACAUCUGCUGGAACGUUUUAUUUUUAUUUUUUAACAAAAAGAAGUAAAGCAGGUGUCAAGUUAAAGCGGUCCGAGACCACGGCCGUGAACUAUUCUUAUUUCAUCGGAUGUAGAAUUUGACCAAAUUAUUAUUAUUAUUAUUAUUAUUAUUAUUAUUAUUUUGAAAAGUCAUUCCACCGAUCGUUCCAAAUCCAAGUCAAAAAGUGCGUUUCUUUUCUCGACUGAAAGGAGACGCGACGAGAACACCGGACGCUUCGAGGUGCCGCUAAUCGGCGGCGUGCGUUCGGGGUGUGCACGUGUUAAUGUUCGAACCGAACGUGGCAUCGUGACGAUUCGAAAGCAGGAAUCGUGGACUGAAGGGAUUGUUACAGACAGAAGAGCGCCAUUUUUUUUUUGUCGUUUUGCUGUUUCGUAGGAAUUCAGCCACAGCAACUGAAGUGAUCCCCUGACCACCAUGCAAAUCAAACGUUGUUGAGAAUUUUUUGGGGGGAUCCUACUGUUCUAUCAUUAAAAAAUAAUGAUGAUUCAUGUGUGUAUGGGUUAAACAAACACGUGGUCGAGUUUAGCGUAAUAAAGUGUCAGGUGAAAGAUCGCGACAGAGUACCGCAAUUACACGCAAAGAGGUCGUGUGAGUUAGAAAAAAAAAAAUUCAAACUUGGAUAAGCCACGCCCACAAACUAGAGCGACAUCAUCUCGCGUGCAAACUCUUGCGUGACUGCAGUGAGACGUAGAACUGAUCCGAGUGACGUAAGUUCAGGUGGAUCUUAAUCUGAACCAGAUGCAGAUUUAUUCUGGAACCUUGUUCGCUGUGGCCUUGUUUUUGUUUUGUUUUAACUUGUCAUCAGUCUACAUGAUUUUCUCUGCCUUACGGUAAAGUGCUGUGUGACUGACAGCACUGCUUUCUUUCUUUUCUUUUCUUUUUCUUUUCACGAUUGUCCGCGACGACGCGUUCCGGGAUGCUCCGACGCGUUCCGGGAUGCUCCGACGUGGUCCGGGAUGCCUCUCAUCCCGAUGGUUGAUUUCGAAAAGCACCCUUGUCCGUUUUUUUUUCUUCUUCUUCUUCUGUACAUCUUUUAUUGUAAUGAAAGAAAUUUGAUGUAAUUAAGACCCUCUUUUUAAUUAUUAUUAUUAUUAUUAUUUUAUUAUUAUUUUAUUUUUCUUUACUAUAUUUUGUGAGUUCUGUUUGGAAUUUCUGUCUCUCAAACCAUGCAAUAAAACUCGCUGCAAGAUAUGUUUAAAAACG